AUGGCGCCGCCUCGCCGCAAGCACUCGCAGUCAUCUCCCCCACCUGAUUCCACUCCUCCGCGCCGCAAGUCCGCUCGUCUGGCAGAGGCGCAGGCUGGAAGGCCCGCACGGCAGCCGUUCAUUCCCUUGUCAUUCAUGUCUACAGACACUACUGAACCCGCAGACACGUGGCCAACACUUGCAACAACGGCUAAAAACCGGAUAGCGCAAUAUAAGCCUGCCGAGCGAGCCCAUGAAGCAAAACUUCCGCGUUCUUUAGACACAUUCCUUCAUUGGCUCCCGGAAGGGGGCCGUGUCACAUGA